AUGAAGGGUCGCCCUCCGACCAGGAUAAUACCGGUUAUAUUGGGAAAGAUAUUACUCCGUUGGAUUUUCACUAAGGCUGAUUUGUUUUUUUUCAUCUACCGAGUAAUUUGGUAUGCGUUUCACGUCCGGUUAUCGAUGAACAGCAGCGUGGAUUUCUUUGAAAGCCUCAUAGAUGAAGAUGGUCGUUUCUCAGACCUCAACUGCCAAGAACCAUCUCAAAGGACGCCACGAAGGAGGAACACAACGGUCCAAAGACCUAGACCCCUUGUACAGGCGGAAAACAUAAACAAUGGCGGUGGUUUGUCGUUAUCGCCUCCACAUACAAUUUCUCAACGUGAAACGGCAAUGCAGGUGUCACAAUGUUAUAGUGGCCCACCGUCACCGUGUGGCUCAUCAAGUUCCACCCCCUCGCCUACAUUAUCCCCAGCGCCACCCCCGGGGACAGCAACCCUUGAUCCUAAUUGGCAGGCUACUAAGCCUACGAUUAGAGAAAGAAAUGCAGCAAUGUUUAACAACCAGCUAAUGGCUGAUAUCACGUUCAUAGUUGGAAGUCCUGGACAUACACAAGUUAUACCGGCUCAUAAAUAUGUGCUAGCUACAGGGAGUUCAGUAUUCUAUGCCAUGUUCUAUGGUGGUCUUGCUGAAUGUAAACAGGAGAUUGAAGUGCCAGAUGUUGAACCAUCUGCCUUCCUCGCAUUACUUAAGUAUUUAUAUUGUGACGAGAUUCAAUUAGAAGCUGAUACAGUAUUAUCAACAUUAUAUGUUGCCAAGAAAUAUAUAGUUCCUCAUUUGGCAAGGGCAUGUGUGAACUAUUUGGAAACUAGUCUGACUGCAAAAAAUGCAUGUUUGCUUUUAAGUCAAUCCCGAUUAUUUGAGGAACCUGAAUUGAUGCAGAGAUGUUGGGAAGUAAUUGAUGCCCAGGCAGAGAUGGCUCUCACAUCCGAAGGCUUUGUUGACAUAGAUGUUUCUACUCUUGAAUCAGUAUUGGCAAGAGAAACACUUAAUUGCAAAGAAAUUAAUUUGUUUGAAGCUGCGUUAGCUUGGGCACAAGCUGAAUGUGUGCGAAGAGAAAUUGAUGCCACUCCAGUAAACAAAAGGUCAAUGCUAGGUAGCGCCAUAUACCUUAUCAGAUUUCCGACAAUGACAUUGGAAGAGUUUGCUAAUAGUGCAGCUCAACUGGGUAUUCUGACACCACAAGAAACUAUUGACAUAUUCCUACAUUUUACUGCAGCUAGCAAGCCACAACUGUCCUACCCUAUUAAAGCCAGGGCGGGACUUAAGGCUCAGAUUUGCCACAGAUUCCAAUCAUGUGCCUACAGAAGUAACCAAUGGAGAUAUCGAGGUAGAUGUGAUUCAAUACAAUUUUGUGUUGACAAGAGAAUAUUUGUUGUUGGAUUUGGACUUUAUGGAUCAUCAAAUGGUGCAGCGGAUUAUAAUGUUAAGAUUGAGUUAAAGCGACUUGGAAGGGUCUUGGCUGAGAAUAACACAAAGUUCUUCUCCGAUGGAUCAAGCAACACUUUCCAUGUGUACUUUGAGAAUCCAAUACAAAUUGAGCCUGAGUGCUUCUACACAGCUUCUGCUAUACUCGAUGGUAGCGAGCUGAGUUAUUUCGGACAAGAAGGUCUAAGUGAAGUAUAUAUGGGAACUGUUACAUUCCAGUUUCACUGUUCAUCAGAAAGUACAAAUGGGACUGGUGUCCAAGGAGGUCAGAUUCCAGAAUUAAUUUACUACGGACCAACUAUUAACAACUCAAUAGUCAAUACAAACUCUAACGAGGACUGA